AUGACCAAUUGGCGUAUUUCCAAUGCGAUCAUGACCGCAUUUUUUGCUAUGGCUACAUAUGUACAACAUAAUGAUGAUCAUCCAAUUUUUUGGAUGCUUGUUUAUGCGUUACCUUGUUCGAUAACCUUUUCAAUGAUGAUUGAUUUAAAAUUAUGUCACACAAUUCAUAUGCAAAGAUUUUUAUUAUUGCUAUUAAAUAUGUAUUUAUUUUUCUCCAUCUAUCUUUUUAUUCGUGCUAUAAAAGUUGUGAUUGAAAACAAUCAUUAUAAUCUACUUGAAUUUCAAGAAUGUAAAGAAUUAUUCGGAAUUCUCAUCAUUGAAUGUUGGUUAAUGAUUUGUAUAUAUGUUAUUAAUAUACGAACACCACUUGAAGCAUGGAUGACUUCUGUAUCGAAAUUGGUCAUUUUUUUACUCAGACAAUCGUCAUUGGGCGCAAUAAUUUUUCAAAUUUAA